AUGCCGUCUUCGGUUCGUCUGCCAACACUGGCGCUGCGGCGACCCGCAAACGGAACUGCGUGGCUGGGUGGAAGACGACGGACACCGGCGGCACUGGAUGGAGCGAAAACGGCAACGUCUACGGGCGGCGCGUAUCCGGCGAGAGCUGUGGUGGCUGGUUCGAAGAAAAGAAGGAAAGAAGGUUUCAUCAGAAAUUCUCAGAUUGCAGCAGCUUUUUCCAACCAAAACGUGGGCCGCUCAAACGCUGACACGUGUGCUGUGUCCAAAUGUUAUCAAAUUUGGUUGUUCGAGUAUCAUUUUCCUUUUCAAUUCUUGACAUCGUCACCUCGAGCAAAGGCGUGGCUAAAGAAGCAAUUGAUUCUAUUGGACUUGUACGAGACAAGAGUUGGUAAAGUAAAAGAUGUUGUGGAGAAGCUCAAGAGCAAGAGAGAUGCUAUUCAGCAUACAGUUGAUGAGGAAGAACGCCGACAUGGAAGAAGAAUUCACGAUGAAGUUAAAGAAUGGAUGGAGAGUGUGGAUAAACUCAUUCGCGCAUAUGAGGAUUUCCACAAUGAUGAAAUAUGCCAUAAAUGUGCGGUGUUUGACUUUUUCAACAGUGGUUACCUUCCGAAGCCAGGGAUAAGGUAUCGUCGAAGUAGAAAAGCAAAUGAUAUCACAAAGCAGGCAAAUGGGUUACUGCAAAAUGCAAAGUUUGACAUUUUAUCUUAUUGGUCUGGCCCACCCUCCAUGGCUACCUUUUUUUCAAACCUUGGUUAUGAAAGUUAUUCAUCAAGAAAAGAAACUGUGAAAAAGAUUACUGCUGAAUUUCAAAAGCCAGAUGUUAGAACGAUCGGUCUUCAUGGGUUGAGUGGCGUUGGCAAGACAUCUUUAGUCAAAGAGGUUGUGAAGAAAGCCUUGAAAGAUAAGAUGUUCGAAGUGGUGACCAUGGCAAGUGUAACAAAAAGCCCUGACGUAAGAAAAAUCCAGGGACAAAUUGCUGAUAUGUUGGGGAUUGUAUUGGAGGAGGAAAGUGACAUUGCAAGAGCUGCUAGGAUACACCAGAUAUUGAAUAAUGAGAAUAAUAGUACGCUCAUAAUCCUAGACGAUCUUUGGGAACAAGUGAACUUUAACUUGCUGGGAAUUCCUUGUGAAUUAGAGAAAGAAGAUGGCCUAACAAAAGUCCAAGGAAAACCCCUUGAUGUUGAUAGCUUGAAGAAUGUUGUCAGUGAUGGAAAAUCCCUCGGUACUGCUGACUGGGUGAAUGUCAAGAGAGGAGGAUUCCUUGGUGGUAGUUCGAAGAAUGUCAGUGAAGGAAAAUCCCCCCUUGAUGCUUCUGAACGAGUGAAAGCAGAACACUCUGUUCCUCAGUACAAAGGGUGCAAGAUUUUGAUGAUUUCUGAAAUCAAACAAGUGUUGUUAAAACAAAUGGAAGGGAAAGAAGAGAGUAUUUUCCCCGUGGAAGUCUUAAAGGAGAAGGAAGCAGAGAUGUUGUUCAAGAAAAAGGCAGGAAUAAGUGGUAAGAAUUCUGAAUAUGACAAAUUAGCAGCUCAAAUUGCUAGCAAGUGUAAAGGGUUGCCAAUGACAAUAGUUACGACUGCAAGGGCAUUGAAAAAUAAGAGUCUUUCUGUAUGGGACGAAACUAAUCGAAAACUUGAAUCUCAAAACUUAACUGGAGCACCUGAAUUUUCUACAAAGUUGAGUUAUGAGCUCUUAGUAGAUGAGGAACUCAAGGACACUUUCUUGCUUUGUGCUCGCAUGGGUCAUGAUGCAUUGAUUAUGGACUUGGUCAAAUAUUGUAUUGGUUUCGGUUUUCUUCGAGGAGUCAACACAGCAAGGCAAACCAGAGACAGAGUAUAUACAUUGGUUGGAAAGUUAAAAGAGUCAGGUCUGUUGUCGGACAGUUAUUCAAGUGAUCAUUUUACCAUGCCAGAUACUGUUCGCAGAGCAGCUUUGUCCAUAGAACAUGAGGAAAAUCAAUUGUUUACAAUGACAAAGGGAAAGCUAGAUGAAUGGCCUGAUAAACUUGAAAGGUAUACUGCAAUUUCAUUACAUCAUUGUGACUUCAUUGAAGAUUUUUCUGGGAGAAUAGAGUAUCCAAGACUUAGAGUCCUUCAAAUUGUCAAUAAUAUUCCACGUCCGAAUAUACCCAAAAACUUCUUCAAAGGAGUGAAAGAACUUAGAGUGUUGAUAUUGACUGGUAUUCAUCUCUCACUCAUUGAUUCUUCAAUUUCAUCCUUGCAUAAACUUAGAAUGCUUUGUUUGGAGCAAUGUUGCAUCCUAGAUGAAGAAUUAUCCAUCCUAGGAGAGCUGAAAAGGUUAAGAGUUCUUAGUUUUUCAGGAUCUGAUAUUAAAAGUUUGCCAGAUGAGUUGAAUGAGUUAAAAAUGCUACAAAUUUUUGACAUAAGUAAUUGCUCUAAACUUAAAAAAAUUCCACGUGGUGUCAUGUCUAGCUUGGUAAGUCUGGAGGAGUUGUAUAUGAGAAAUACCUUGAUUCAAUGGGAGGAUGAAGAACAAACAUGUCAAAGUAAAACAGCUCUUCUUUCUGAUUUGAAACAUUUGAAUCAAUUGACAACUCUAGACAUACAAAUCCCAAAUGUUUUGUAUUUGCCAAAGAAUUUGUUUUUUGACAAGUUAGAUAGUUACAAGAUUGCUAUUGGAGAUUUGAGUUCAUUUUUAGAGACUGGUUUCCAGAUGCCAGAGAUAUAUGAAACAUUGAAAUUUUUGGCUGUACAAUUGGUAAAUGGAUCUGACAUUCAUUCUCUAUUGGGGAUUAAAAUGCUGUUUGAAGGAGUUGAAAAUUUGUUUCUAGAACUUAAUACUGUCCAUGAAAAGCAUAGUGUCCGUGAAGCCCGUAAUAUUGUCCAUGACCUUUUUUAUAGAUUGAAUUUAAAAGGAUUUCCAUGUCUCAGAUAUUUGUGGAUUGUAAAUAAUUCUACCAUUCAAUCUCUCAUACAUCCAAAGGACAGGCAGCACCAUGAGAAAGCUUUUCCAAAAUUGGAGUCAUUGCAUCUCUAUAAUCUCAAGAUGGAUGAAAUAUGCUCAUGUAAACUUUCAGAACCCUCCUUUGGUAAACUGAAAGUCAUUAAGAUCAAUCUCUGUCGUGAAUUGAAGAAUGUAUUCUCAAUUUCCAUGGUUGGACUUUUAAAAGUUUUAGAAACAAUUGAAGUUUCUGAAUGUAGCUCUUUGAAGGAAAUUAUCAAUGUGGGACCACCAAUCAACCUUGAAAAUACUGAGCUUCUUAUGCUUCCUGAAUUACGCUAUUUGAAGCUACAAUCUUUGUCUGAGUUCAUUGGGUUUGAUGCCAUUCCUUCUAUACACGAAGGGGAAAGAAAACUCUUCCAUGAAAAGGUUGGAGUUUCAAAAUUAGAGAGACUAGAGUUGUCCUCAAUCCAGAUUGACGUAAUAUGGAGUGUCAACCAAUCUUCAGAAAGAUUAUCUUUUGAAAAUUUGACUCAUUUGGACGUGAAUGGUUGUUGGAAUUUAAAAUCUUUGAUGUCAUUUACAAUGGCCAAGAGUCUGGUGAAUCUUCGAAGUCUUUAUGUAAGUGAAUGUGGGAAGAUGACAAGUAUCUUCCUCUCUGAACAAGAUACAGAGAAGGAUAUUAUGGGUAGCAUCUUUCCAAAAUUGAAGAAUAUGAAACUUUGCAGCAUUAUUAGUCUGAGUAAGAUAUGGUAUCCCAAACUCCCUUCUGACUCCUGUAACAAACUAGAGACUCUAAUCAUUGAGGAGUGUCACAGACUUGAAAAUGCAUUGGAGGGAAUAUUUGGGAGUCUAUGCAACUUGAGAGUUAGAAAUUGCAGGUCCAUGCAAGCAAUAUUUAAUAUAGGUGAGCAAGUUGGGGAUGUAGCUAAUAAUUUGCAAGAUGUUCAUUUAGAAACACUCCCAAAAUUGGAACUUGUAUGGAAAUCGAAUGAUGAAGACCUCGUAGGAAUUCCUAAGUUUAACAAUCUGAAAAAGAUAUGGGCUCAAGUUUGUGACAACUUGGAAUAUAUAUUUCCAUUUUAUGUAGCCAAGAAUCUUGAUAAUCUUGAAUCUCUUGUGGUUUGUGAUUGCCGUGGAUUGAGUAAAAUUGUUGCUGAAAAGCAUGUUACCAACACGGAUACAGCCAAAUUUAUCUUUCCUAAACUAAGCACCAUCAAAUUUUCACACCUGCCAAAACUUACGAGUUUUUAUCCAACGAGUUAUGAUUUAUCAUGUCCAUUGAAUGAGCUGUCUAUUGAAUUUUGUAACAAUCUGGAACCAUUCAACAACGGAACCGAGCAUGCACAAACAAAUCCUGUGCAUGCACUCUUUCCUGAAGAGGUAAUCAAUAACUUGAAGUCCAUGCAAAUUGAGUUUUGGCACGCAAAGUCACCAAACAGCUAUAUGGGCAAAGGGAACCAUCGAAGGGAUAACUUAGAAGAGCUUUCCUUAUCUAGAUUAACUAAUACUGAGAUUUUAUACUCUUUCCUAUAUAGAAAUCCUAAUUUGAAAAGCCUAUCACUGAAUUAUUGUUUCUUUGAAAAGAUAGUACCCCCAAAGGAAGAUACUGAAAUUGAAAACUUGGGAGUAGUUCCAAAUCUGAAAAGCUUGAUGUUGAUAGACUUGUUCAAUCUCAAAGAGCUAAGCUUUGAACCAGACAUAAUUCUUGAAAGGUUAGAGUUCUUGAUUUUGAAGAACUGUUGUCUUAUGAUUACUAUAGCACCUUCCUCUGUAUCUUUUACUCGCUUGACAAAUCUAGAAGUGGUCAAUUGUGAUCGAUUGCAAAGUCUCAUGACAGCAUCUACGGCAAAAAGUUUGGUUCAGCUCAACACCAUGAAGGUAGUGAAAUGUGAAUCGCUGAUGGAAAUAGUAAGAAAGGAUGGAGAACAAUCUGACAGAAUUGUUUUUCAACAAUUGAAAGCCCUCGAGCUUGUUUCACUGAAGAACCUUAAGAGUUUAUGUGUCUCUGAUUGUGACUUUGAAUUCCCAUCUUUGGAGAAAUUAGUUGUGAGCGCAUGUUAUAAUAUGGAUAAAUUUUCAAACAGAGUCACCAUCUCACCAAUUUUACAAAAUGUACAUGUUGUACAUGGAAAAGAGAACAAACGAUGCUGUUGGGAAGGAGAUAUAAAUGCUACAGUACAAAAAAUAUUCAAGGAAAAGAAAUUUUUUGAAGGCAUGGAGGAGAUAAGCCUUUCGGAACAUCAAGAACUACAAGAAACUUGGCAACCAGGAGCUGAUCUGCAAAAGAAAAAUAGCUGGUUUUAUAGUUUGAAAAUUUUGAAGCUUGAGAACUGUGUAAUUCAACCAUGUGCAAUUCCAUCUAAUAUUCUUCCUUAUUUGAGGAGCUUAAAAGAACUGCAGGUACAAGGUUGCAACAAUAUAGAGGUAAUUUUUGAGAUGAAUGCUGAAGAGGGUACUGGAUCUACAUUUCACUUGCAGAAGUUGACUUUACAAAAGCUACCAAAACUUAAGGAUGUGUGGGAAAGAAACGGUAAAGGAACCGAGAACUUUCAAAAUCUGAAGCUAGUCAAUGUCAAGAACUGUGAAAAUCUGCAAACUGUGUUUCCUUUGACCUUGGCAAAAAGUCUUAAGAAGGUUGACGAACUUGAAAUAGUAGAUUGUCGUGAAUUGUAUGAAAUUGUUAGAAAGGAAGACGACACAGCAGCGGUGUUUGUGUUCCCUUGCUUAACUACACUGGCUCUUGGUGAACUGCCAAAGCUCACUUACUUUUACCCAGAAUCAUUUACUUUGGAAUGCUCUGCGUUACAUGAAAUGAACGUGUGGAAUUGUCCAGAGUUGAAGCUAUUUGAAAGUACUAACAGACAAUCCAUUUUCUUUCAUCUGAAGGUAAUUAACAUGCAAUAUGUAUUAGGAUAA